AAUAUUAGUCGGAGUGAGGGGGAAUGUGUCAUCAGUACGCAUGUCACUACUCAAGACUCAGUAAAAACAUCUCAGUAGAAUAGGCUCGGCUUGAAAUCAACUACACCAACACAUAGAUGGCCAAUCGUUCGCCAUUUUUAUUUGUAAUCGUCGCUUAAUGAUAAUUUAAAACUAUGCGCAUGUGAUAAUAAAAUCCCCAAUAAAUUUAUAGUUUUGGCAGUCAAGCUAUUCUUAUUAAUUUAUAUUUUAUGUGCAUCGACUAUCAAUUUUUAGUAUCUAAUCUGAAAUUUGUAAAUCAUAGUAGCGUAAUUUUUAUUUUAACUGCUAUCGUAUCGAUGUACGCUACAAUUGCUGAAAACUGGUUUGAGAAUGGAAAAAAUGACCUCAAGCAUUGAUGUAAGAUAAUAUGGAAGAAUCAACUGAAAAAGAAAAAGAUAUAAGGGAUGAACUGGAUAAAGCUAAUGAAAUUUUUAAAGAAAUCUUUUGUAAAGCUCCAACAUUGAUUAAAGAUCUGAAUGAUGAUUCAGUAGAUAUUGAUUUUAAAGAGUGUGUAGCAGACCAUUUAGACCUAUUAAAGAUUGAUGCCAAAUUAAAAGAAGGAAAAUAUGGUGCAUUAGCUGAUGUAAUUAUUGAUAUUAGAAAGACCCUUUUAAACUGUUACAAAUAUUAUGGAAUAAAAAAUGAAAACACUUUAAAAGUUUUAAAAUUUGAGGAGUUGUUAGAAAAAACUUUUGAAUGUCUUAACGAGAAUCUCCGUAAAUCAGCAGAUGUUCAACUAACUUUAAAAUUAUUGAAUUUGGAUAAUAAACCAGAUUACAAAUUUAGAUAUCCUAAAAAUUGUUAUGAUUCUCUAUUACUAAGAAGCGUAGCACAUUGUCGCCCAGAAAGAUUAAAAGAAUAUCAUAAAGUACUCUCUAAUACUUUGACUACUGAUGAAGACAGUUCUUCAUUAUUAGAAGAAUUAUUAAAUUGGGAAAAUGAAGUUUGUUUUAAUGAUCAUUAUCGGUACAUUAGUUCAAUGUGGGAGCUUCCUGAAAUAGGAAAUUUAAUAUCAAUUUUAUUCAGAGAAUUAGAUUUUGAAAUAAUUAAUCAAGGUGAAAUUGAAAGAAUGUUUUUAAUGCCAAAAGAAUCAUUGGCGAUGUCAAAAAUUAUGACAACUUUAUUAAUACCAAUAAAAAAAUUAAAACACAUUGAUAAAGUUAUGCCGUACAAAGUGUGGUCUGAAAAAUUGUCAAAGAAAGUAUCAGAGUGGUACAAAGUGUAUCAUUCAAAAAAAAGAAAUAAAGUGAAUGUUUUAAAAUCAUUAGGAAUCCAUCCAGAUUUUUGGGCAGUUAUAGGUGAUAGAAAUCCUUUAGUCCAUUUUGAUUACUGUGAAUUAUCUUAUUUAAUGAAAGUUUGGCUAAUAAAAGGACUUUGUGAUUAUGUGAUUAAUAAAUAUAAAACUGUUAGUGACAUUGUAGUAAAUUGUAAUGAACGCCAGGAAACAAUUUGGAAGAAUGAAAUGGAAACUGAAGAAUAUUUCUAUUUUAAGACUAUACCAGACCUAAGAUUAUAUUAUUAUCAAAUUCCUAAUGAUGAACCUGAUUUAGAUUUUCUCAAUAUAGAAGAAGUUGAUGAAGAGGAUAGAGAAGGAGCAGUACAAAUUAUAUCUGGCAUACAUAGUUUAUUCCGGUCAAGAUCUCGUGUGAAACCAAAUUCUAAUAAUUUUAAAUUAAUAGCAGACUCAGUUCAAGGCAUACGUUCUUUCAUUAAUGCUCUUGAUACUGAUGAUACAUGUGUUCCUGAUAGCUUAAUUAACUCCCUAGAAGAUUUUGUUGUUAGACUUGAAUCAGAAGAAUGUAAUCUAAUAGUUUUGAACAAUAAUUCCAAAAUUAAAUUAUUUAAAGACUGGAAAUCUUAUCCUGAAAGAUCUAAACAUGAUGAUGAUAUAUUAUUUUGGGAGGAAAAAGAAACAAAACAAUCUAGAAGUGAUACAGUAACAAAUGAAGAAAUAAUACAAGAGAAACGUAAAAGAAAAGUAGUUAUACAUCAAGAAUUUGAUGUUGACAUUCAUGACUCUGAUGAGUAUUUUACUGAUAAAACCAAUGAGUCUGUUUGUGAUUUUUCUGAUUCUGAAGAUGAAUGGGGUGUAAUAAAUCAAACUAAAAAUAAUAAAUCUAAACAAUUGACUCAAGCUCCAUCUAAAAUUGUUGAGUUAGAAAAAAGGUUAAGAGAAGAAAGUAAGAUACCAAAGAAACGUCAAAAAAAUAAUUAUAUUUUUAAUGAUAUUGCUGAUUCUAAUGCAUUAGACUUACCUGAUGAUAUAAAAUGUGUCAAUGACACAUUAAGUAAUAAUAAUAUUUUAGAAUGUAAGCAAGUAAAAGAAAGUAAUGAGUCCCUUAAUUCUUUAAAUAAAAAUAUAAUAUUGCAUGAUAAAAGCAAAAUUCUAGAAUCUAAGCCAUUGAAUAGUGUUGAAGUUAUUACACUUGAUGAUGACAACUCCAACAGUUGUGAUUAUACUGAUACUAAAACCAAAAACUCUACUGAAACUAAUGACAUUAUAUCAAUCCAAGAUGAUGAUGAUCAAAUAAUAAUAAGUGAUGAUGAAGAUGAUAUUCAAAUUGUAUCUGUAACUCCGAAACUAUUAAAAACUCCAACUCGUGAUACCAACUUUAAACGCAAUAAUUCUUAUGUUACAACUAAUAAAUCAUUGACCACAUAUAGAAAAAGAAAUCAAGCCAUAACUACUAACUUACCCAAACUACCACCAAACGUAUCAAUUAUACCAGCAAAUGUUCAUUUACCAAAAGAUAUUCAAGUAACUGUUGUAAAAAAACAACAAACUACUAUUGCAUCACAUUUUAAUGCCACAAAAAGGUAUUCUUCUACAAAAGCUAAUGGUUUUUUAUCAAACAGUUCAAGAGAAGUUAAUGUUAAGUGUAAAGUGAUAUCAAAGUCAAAUUUUAAAGGUGAAGUAAAAUUUUAUGUUAGUUUACCAAAUGGUAAUCAUCAUCCUGUUUCUGAUGAAUUAAUAAAUCAGUAUUUAAAAGAACAUAAUAAUAGAUUGCCUGAUUAUUGGUUAGUACCAUUACCUAUAGAAGUAGCUAAACAGUAUGGAUUUUAAUUGAUAUUUAUAAUCGUUUUGGUACUGUAAAUAUGUACAUUUAUUGAUUUAAUUGAUAAGCAUUAACAUAUUUAUUUCUAACAAGAGACUGAGAUUUUUUUCUAUUUCUAUUGUACAUUUUAUUUUUGAUCCUAUGAAACUUUAUAUCCUAUGGUACGAGUAAAACUUAAAAAUUAAUUAUAUUAAAAUUG